UUUGGGGCUCAAGCUCAUAGCUUCCGAGCAUGUGAGGUUAUGUGAUUUUCAAUUCGGUUAUCGACUUGUGCGAAGUUCUGUUUGUGUGUUUUUAUCUCCGACGGUUUUGCGUUUCACUGCGGUAUCAACAAUCGUUGGAACAAAGACAUACCUGGGUGUAGUUAUGGCUAACGAUUGUGAAAAGCUGUGUUCCCCGAAGGGGGCUACUAAGCGGACCAUGGAGACAGGAGACAUGACCCCUCCAGAAUCGAAAAAACUCAAACUCGACCCAUCCCUCACCAACAACAACAAAAACCCCGUCUCCAUCCUCAACGAACUCCGCAUCGGUUUAAAAUACAACUUCAUAGAACAAACCGGGCCUUCGCACGCCCCCAUCUUCAAAGUCGCCGUGGACGUCGACGGCCAAACCUACUACGGAACCGGAGGUUCGAAAAAAAGUGCCAAAUGCAAAGCCGCCGAAGAAGCUUUGAAAUCCUUCAUCCAGCUCCCGAAUAGCACGAACAUGGCGUACGCCACCGGGACCGACGCCACCAACAUGGACUUCACCAGCGACGCGUUCGAAGGCACCCAGAAGAAGGAAGCGUCCACGAAAAAGGUCGUAACGAAAGGCCCCGUCAUGCUCCUGAACGAACUCUACCCCAACGUGGUGUACGAAUGCUCGGAGAACGAAGGCUGCGCUUACUCCAGGUUCAAGAUCACGAUCAUCGUCGGAGAGGACAAGUUCUUCGGAACGGGUUCCAGCAAGAAGGUGGCGAAGAACGCCGCCGCCACGGCGGCGUUGGCGAAGCUAAACUUCGGCUUGAAGGAGGCGUACUUGGAUGGGUAUAAGAAGUCGCACGUGCUGCCCGAGGACCAAGAAAGAGCGGAUUAUUUCGGAAGGAUCAUCCAAGAAAAAUUCGCCUCGCUAAUGUCCCAAGACCCGAUUCACGCCAAACGGAAAGUCCUCGCCGGCAUCGUCAUGAGUCACGGCACCAACCUAACAGACUGCGAAAUAAUUUCGAUCACCACAGGUACAAAAUGCGUCUCGGGGGAGCACAUAAGCAUGAACGGAUGUUCUUUGAACGACAUGCACGCAGAAAUCGUCGCUCGGAGAUGUCUAAUGAACUACUUUUACGACCAACUCGAACUGGUCGCGAAAAACCACGAACCCUCGAUUUUCACGCCCCGCGAAGACAGGAAAGGUUACAGAUUGAAAGAUGGGCUAGAGUUCCACUUGUACAUAAACACGGCACCGUGUGGGGACGCCCGGAUUUUCAGCCCCCACGAGGACGACGACGGCGCCGUGGACAAGCACCCCAACCGGAGCUCCAGGGGGCAGCUGCGCACCAAAAUCGAAUCCGGCGAAGGCACGAUCCCGGUGAAAGUCAACGCGAGCUUGAUACAGACCUGGGACGGGAUUUUGCAAGGGGAGAGAUUGUUGACGAUGUCGUGCUCGGAUAAAAUCUGCAGGUGGAACGUCACCGGGGUGCAAGGAGCGUUGUUGUCGCACUUCAUCGAGCCGGUGUACAUAAAGUCGAUUAUUCUGGGGAGUUUGAUGCGAGAGUCGCACUUACAGAGGGCGCUAUUCGGGAGGAUUCAAGAGACGAUUCAAGGGCUUCCACCACCGUUUCGGUUGAACCGACCCGCCAUGUUCCUUUUGACUUCCAGCGAGAGCCGGCAGCCGAGUAAGGCGCCGAAUUUUUCGGUUAUUUGGACUGCGGGAGCGUCCAGGCCCGAAAUUAUUAACACGAAUGUAGGGAAGCCCGAAAAUGGGGUGUCCAGGUUCUGCAAACACGAGUUGAUGAAGAGGUUCGUGAGUUUGAUUGGGAGGGUUUCGAGUAUUACGGAGGUGGAGAAGAAUGUACCUGUUGUGUACGCUGAGGCUAAGGAAGCCGUGGCGACGUAUAAAUUGGCGAAGGGAAACUUGUAUCAAGCUUUUCUUAAAGCCGGACUCGGCCACUGGAUCUCCAAACCGCUUGAACAAGAUAUGUUCGAAUUGAGCGAAGAACCUCACUAAGUUACGUAAUUUUGCUACGUUGUACAGUACGAUUUCCAUUUUUAAUGUUAUUUUAUGUAGUUUUUAAAUUUUCUACAGUAUUUUAAGUUUACACUGUCUUUGAUAUUGUAAGUAGUUUUACGAUAGGACGAAACUUUAUUAUUUCUAAGUUUAUUGCACUGCCCGUCAAAAAUUGUUACGUUACAGUGACAUUAAAGUACAUAGAAGUGACAAAUGUUGACGCUUCUAAGUCCUAAGGUCGAUUUUUGAUUUUGUGGUAACACGUUCCUAUCGUCCAAACCAUAAUCCAUAGUAUAAUCGCACGCAAAUGUUUUGAGGUUAUGGGCGGAUCGUUUUUGCCUGCCCUCACCGAAGAAGGCGGUCCAAAUCCUUCAAGGGCAGAAUUUGUAGGUAGACUCAAACUACAACGAAAUUCACAUUUUACUCUUAAAAAAAAAACGAUAUUGUCGUUGAGUGACAUGUAACUGGCAUAAUAAUAAAAACGUGCCAUUUUUGUUAA